UUGUCUGUGUUUAGGACUGAACUUUAUGACCCCUGCAGCCCUCUGUCCUCAGAUUCUGAGCCCGAGAUGCCAAAAACACAAGAACACCACCACUCCCUGCCCAAUCAGGACAACAACCCGGGACAUAAACAUUUGUCUCCAGGUGGAAGCCAACGCUGGGACGUACCUUACUCUGAAUCGGCGAGCCGACACCUUAACAGACAUGACUUUAAGACUGGAACCAGACCCACAGAGAAUCAAGGUCUCAGUCCAGGACGCAGACUGCCUGAACGACAAGCUUAUAGCCCAGAUACCGAAUCAUUUAAUCAUCCAGGUUAUGGACCCCUGGGCCAAAGAGGCUGCAGCCCUGACAGGCUUAUUCACACCUCUUCCACCCAGCUGUCUCCUGUGUCAUAUGGAGAACAGAGAACGGCGGAGGAGAGGAUAACAUUGCCAGAAUACAGGAGAGAGAUGAACGCUGCUGUAAGAUUGUCUCCACCCAGGUUAAAGCGGGACUAUCAGCAUACUUUAGCAUAUGCAGAAACAGGACUGGACCAAGACCCACCUUCUGCAAAGGUGGCGAGGAACAAGAGCACAUGUGUAGUGAAGGAUAAGGUCCCCAUCACAUGUGACCUUUGCGAGGUUGAGCUUGCAAAUGGGAAGGAGCUGGAGGAUCAUUUAGACAGCAAAAGUCACUGGGAUACGCUGGAGCACAUUCAGAAGAACAAUAAUUACGAUGACCUGGCUAUUGCGUUCCUCCAGGAAGUCAUGCUGUAUAAAAGCCAUCAUUGUAGCCGACCCAUAGAGGACAGUGCGCUACAAGCUCUGCAGGAGAACGACCACAUGUCAAGGGUGGAAAUGUUUCACUGUGCCGCCUGCAAAGUCUUUAUAUCCACGUCUGCAGCCGAGGUGCAGACACACAUCACCUCUCAGGCACACCUCUCUAACACAAAGGAGUUUCAACAGCAGCAGAGACUCACGUGCCUCGGCAAAGCAGAAACCAUGCUGAAGGAGCUGAAACCACAGUUUGAACACUUCCUAAAGGGUGGCAGCCCACUGGAAUGACAGAUGUUUCAGUCUCCAAACUAGUGUUUACACCGAGACGCUGCAUGCUUCAGUUGAAGGACAACGGACGUCACAACCACACAUUAACGCUGUCAAUUCUGAUGCUCGCUGCUAACAGAGCAUACUGUUUAUCUGCCAUUCAAGAUGCGUCUGAAUAAAUGGAGAAUUCUUCAGUCUUCA